UUAGAGGAAACUUACUCAAGCAAACUUAAUAUUAAUGACUUAGUAAAUAAAUAAAAAGAUUGUAAACAUCAUAACUCCACACUGAUAAUUUAGUUAUCUCAUUUCAUGACACAAAACAACAGUGUAAUCAGUCACAUUGAUAAUAAUAUUUUUAUUAUAUUGAACUGCAAAUGUUACUCAAGAGCAAAGGAAUUUUUGUUAUUGGCGCCAAAAGGACGCCAUUUUGUAAAUAUGGUGGAUCACUACGAGAGUUGCCAGCAUCGCAUGCAUUUGCCGCGGCUGCAAAAGAUGCCAUACAGUCAGCUAAAGUCGAUCCAAACUUAAUUGAUUGCACGAUCAUUGGAAAUAUUAAUUUUCUAAGCCAGUGUGAUGGAGGAAAGACUCCUAGAUAUUGCGGCAUCUACUCUGGUGUUCCUAUUGAGAAACCUGCACUUGGUGUUAACAGAACGUGUGCAACGGGCAUUCAAGCUGUGAUAAGUGGUGGAAUGGAAAUAUUAACAAAUUCAGCGAAUCUGUGCCUCACAGGUGGCACAGACAUAAUGUCAUCUCUACCGAUGUUAGUACGAAAUGUUAGAUUCGGAACGAGUUUUGGUACACCGUAUCUAAUGGAGGAUCACAUCAAAACAGGUUUUCUUGAUACAUACACAGGGAUAACACUACAAAAAAAUGCCGAAAAUAUAGCAAAACUCUAUGGUAUGAGUAGAAAAGACGUUGAUGAGUUUACUAUUAAAAGCCAUUUAAAGUGGAAAAAGGCUCAAGACUCAAAUACCUUUGAAGACGAGAUAACAAAGCUUAAAACUGAGAAAAAUAAGAAGGAACGUUACGUCAUGAAAGACGAAUUAACAAACCCAGAAAUUAAACUUGAGGACUUGACCGCAUCACCCCCUAUCAGUAACUUUAACAAUUCUGCUGCUCCAGCAGACGGUGCAGCCGCAAUAUUGCUAGCUAGUGAAGAAAUUGUUAAAAUGCAUAAUUUAAAUCCUUUGGCGCGGGUAACUGGCUGGUCGUGUGUUGGGAGUGAUCCGUACGAAGGCCUUGGAGCAGUUGCCGCAAUUAAAAAGUUAACAAAAACGGUAGAUUUGAGGAUGCAUGAUAUUGAUUUAUUUGAGAUAAAUGAAACCUUUGCAUCACAAUCCCUUGCUGUCAUAAAGGAACUCGAUUUAGAUGAGACCAAAGUAAACGUAAAUGGUGGCUCCCUCGCUAUGGGACAUCCUGUAUCAGCCACUGGAGCAAGAAUGAUCACUCAUAUUGUACAUCAAUUGAGAUUACACAACUUUAAGACAGCUGUAGCCGCUUCAUCAUGUGGUGGAGGACAAGGUGUUGCAGUAAUGUUAGAAACCAUUUAAAUGUGGACCAUGAACAAACCUACUAGCAGUGUGUGUCAAUGAGCUACGGUAUCACAUAACAUCAGGUGAGGAGGCCUAUGCAAAUGGAAAUGAUAUGAUAUACAAGACAAGAAUCAUCUUUAUUUAUAAUUUACAUAAGAUAAGAGACAUUUUAAAUAUAAAUG